ACUUUAACGGCAUUGACAGGUAAUCUUAAUAAGCGCCGUGGCGAUGGUCGCAUCAGCACCGACAGAAACGAAAGACGCAGUUAUCAACGUGGAAGGACCAGAAGGCCGUCACGUGCAGACGGGAGAGCCUGGCAAAGCCGUUUCUGGAUACUUUACUUCACGAGAUAAAGAUGGCGUUGAAUACAAGACAACGUACGAGGCUGACGAGAAAGGCUUCCGCGCCACGGGAUCGCAUUUGCCCGUCUCUCCGACCGAGUCGUUCGCCCGUCCUCCCAUCGCUUGGCCCGUUCAUUACCCAAUUUCUGCUUUCCCCAUCUACGGUUCCCGCUAUGGUCCGCAAAAUUAUUUGCCCUUCCCUUACCCAAUCUACCAGCACGGUAAAGUCAAAUGGUGUUCUUUUAUUUUGCGCUAUUUCGAUCUGAUUGAUUUUUAA